AUGUCUUCUUCCAAUCCGACGAGUUCGAUGAACCCAUUGAAAUGGUCCUGCUGUUUCCUCGACGAUGAAGACGAGCAGACGCAACACACCCCUCAGACACGGCAGGCUCCAAGGACAAGAUGGGACGCUGCACCGCCUAUAGACCCUGACAUGGAGGAGGCGCCUCCACCUCCACCAUACGCGCUCUUCGACCCUCACCCAGAAGACUGCCAGUGCGCGAUCCAUAUUCACAAGCCCCGGCCCAACCGGCCCAUCGUAAUCGAAGCAUUCCAGUCGCAGGGAUGCAACUCGUGUCCGCCAACCAACACCCUCCUCCUGUCACUGUUGACUUUGGCCGACCCCAAUAUCCUCGUCCUCGAUUACCAUGUCACAUACUGGGAUCACCUGGGGUGGCCAGACUCCUUUGGUAUUCCCGAGGCCGACACGUACCAGCGAGAAUAUGCGCAAGCAAGCGGCACAUCAAGGGUAUACACUCCGCAGGUGGUCGUGAACGGCGUUUCCGAAGGGGUGGGAAAUUCGACAAGGAAGCUGGAGAAGUUGAUCAAAGAAGGAGGUCGGCUGGCGAGUCAAGAUUGGCCAUGGCUGUUAUUCUCGAAGGUCGAGGAAGGUAUAUUGAUAAGAGAGGCAAGCGCGGCCGCUGCGGCAACGGGACGAAGAGGCAGGGUGAUUGAGGUCGUAUACGAUCCCACCUUGCGUGAAGUGGAGAUACCGAGGGGCGAGAAUGCCGGCAAGACGUUGGCACACCGCAACGUCGUCAAGAACGUCAAAGCGCUAGGUGAAUGGAGAGGCGGGAGAGGCGUCGUCCCACUGCCGCCCCGAGAUACUGCAGACGGAUUGGAAAGAGUGUUAAUUGUACAAGAGGGCGUGGGCGGCCAGAUCAUUGGAGUUGCUCGGAUCCAUUUCUAG